AUGAAGGACGACGGACAGCAUUUAAAGAAUAUAGUCCUGAAACCAUUUUCUCCAAGAGUUUUAGUGGCUUUAUGCUUCUGGAUGACUUCCUCUUCUAUUAGCGGUUCGCAGUUGCAAACGUAUGGUUCGACAAGCGAAUCAGCUAUUUCCGGGGCACAUCCGGCAAUUUAUGUGAAACAGAGUCCGACAACGUCCUUGAUUUUUGCCAAGUCAAGAGUAGCCCCAAUCAAAACGAUGACGAUACCGAAACUCGAACUAUUAGCAAUCUUAAUUGGAGUAAGAGCAGCUCAAUUUAUUAUCAAACAAUUGGAAUUUGAAAAUGCACAGGUGAUUUUAUGGUCAGAUUCACGGUGUGCAUUGCACUGGAUACAAAACCAUUCUCGACUCUUACCAAGAUUCAUCCAAAAUCGAGUCGAAGAGAUACGAAAGGCCAAAUUUGCGUACCGAUAUAUUCCAAGUGAGUGUAAUCCAGCAGACAUAGCUACGAAAGGAAUAUCGCCAAGCGAUCUGGCAAAUUUCACACUUUGGUGGAAUAGGCCCGAAUGGCUAAAGGAGGAAGAAUCAAACUGGCCCCAUUGGGAAUAUAAUAUCAAACAAGAAAGCGAUAACGAAGAAACCAUAGACGAAGAAGGAGAAUAG